AUGUCCACCUCCGACCCCGCCUACCCCGAGCCCGGCAAGAACGACAAGAAUGGCAAAAAGAAGAAAGACAAAGACAAGGCACCCAACCGUCUAGUGCUCUGCUUCGACGGGACGGGCAACAAGUUCUCCGGCACCAGUAGCGACACGAACAUCGUGAAGCUGUACCAAAUGUGUGAUCGCACCGCAAAGGGGCAGUUUCAUUAUUACCAGCCGGGCAUUGGGACCUACUCGGCUAGUGAGGGCUCGCUCAAUCAGGGGUUUUUGGGAAGUAUCAUGAGAUGGGUUAGCCAGGUGGUUGACCAGGGCGUUGGAACGACAUUCGAUCACCAUGUCAUUGCCGGCUACAAGUUCGUGAUGCGAUACUACAAGCCGGGAGACAAGAUCUACAUCUUCGGCUUCUCCCGAGGCGCCUUUACCGCGCGCUUCCUGGCGCGGUUGAUAACCGAGAUCGGCCUGCUGAGCAAGGGUAACGAGGAGAUGGUCCCGUUUGCGUACCGCACGUACCAGGACUACGAGACUGGCGGCGGAAACUUCAAGUCCCUGGACGACUGCAGGCGAUUCAUGAAUAACUUCAAGGAUACCUUCUGUCGGUUGAACGUGGAGAUUCACUUCUUGGGGCUGUUUGACACGGUCAAUUCUGUCGGGUUUUUGGAACUGCCGUUCAGCCGGAAGACGUAUCUUCCCGUCUAUGCGCCGCCGGCUACACACAUCCGCCACGCAGUCAGCAUCGACGAACGACGUCUCAAGUUCCGGCCCGCUUUGUUCUGUCACGACGACGAACUGACUAUCGCGGAGAGCACCAAGCCCCAAGACAUCAAGGAAGUCUGGUUCUGUGGCAACCACGGCAACGUCGGCGGUGGUUGGGAGGCACAGCACGAGAAAGACGUGCAGCUGAGUGAUAUCGCACUAGAGUGGAUGGUCCACGAGAUCCAGAGCCUUCCGGAUCCGCCAGAGGAAAAGAUCAUGUUCAACUCCCGCGUCGACGAGUUCCUGGAGAAUGUCGAGGACAAAAGAGAGAUUGCUAUUAGAGAGAGUAUGUGUCACGAUGCGUUGUCGUUCAGGAAGGGGUGGAACUGGUUGCAGGUUGUUUUUUGGUGGAUCUUUGAAACACUCCCGGUCUUCAAGCGCCUCGAACUCGAGGGCGGAGAAUGGGUGUCGAGGUACUGGCUUCCGAACCUUGGCUCGACGAGGGACCUCCCAUCCACGGCGACGCUUCACCCCAGCGUCCUUCAUCGCGUCAAAACCAAUGCCACCUACAACCCGAAGAAUCUGGGCUUCGCGGAGGCACUCAAUCAGGCGUCGGUGGAGAAUGGUGGCUCGUGAGGGAGAGGAG